AUGAACAAACGACGCAUGGUGGUAUUUAUGCCAGACGAGAAGCGCGACCACAUGGUUGGUUCUCCGCAGCAGCUGCCCUUGAAACAUUACUUGGAAGACAACUACCAUCUCCAGCAACAACAUCUGCAACAAGCUAUUCAAAAACGUAGAAAAUUGAGUGAGACUAGUAGUAUUAAUUCUAUUGAGCCUAAUUUAGGACAGCAGCAAAUAAAGAUUCAAAUACAACCUCCCGUGGUUUAUUCUUCCUUUGAAUUUCCUAAAUUUGAGAUACAUGGAAAGUCUUGGUCGCAAAAACCAACAAACUUGGUCCGUUCUCGUUGUCCUUCGUUGAUCGGGCGUCGGUUUCGAGGAAAUGCAUACAUAUCUUCAAAAGUUAACAUGCACUGUCAUUCAAAAAUAAACCAUUUUGAACCCAUGAAAGAAAAAGUAUCUAUGGUCAAUAAUAAUAAUAAUUCUCUGGAGCUGUCAUAUUCACAAAGUAUGACUUCUGUUAGUAACGAGUCACAAAAAACCAUUGACAAUUUGUCUAGUAAUUUUAAUAAUCAAUUGAGUAGGAUUACGCAUCAAGAAGUUUCUACCGGUAUUACUAACAAAUGCAUGAUUCCCAUAGACGCGUCAGAUUCUGUUCGUAAUCAUUCUAUAACAAUAAUAGAUCAUGUUCCAGGAAACGAGAAUCAAGAAUUUUCAAUUCUCAAUAUAAUUCCAUCUUUAAUUAGUGAAAAACAUCGAAAGGCUGCUUUUGUUGAAAACCUUGUCGAACUCAAAAACUAUUAUGGAGAGUUCGGUAUAUCGAGAUUACAGUAUACAGCUGGCCUCAUCAUUGAGGUAAUUUGGGCCAAUUUUUCCGUAAACCCUAGCGCAAAAAUCAUUCCACUACGCUUAUUCCUUCAAGAAACUUUACGUCGUUCGAGGACUUCCUAUUCAACCCUUCAAACUGCACUAUUCUAUCUAUUUCGUAUCAAACCCCAAAUUUCAUCUAUAUCUCGACGUUCCGAAUAUCCCCCAACCCCAACUUCGGAAUUUCCCCCAGAUAUCAAUCAAAGUCAGAAUAAUGAUCCAGCGACUUGCGGCCGACGUAUGUUUUUAGCAGCUCUAAUCGUUGCAUCAAAGUAUCUUCAAGAUCGUAAUUAUUCUAAUCGAGCAUGGUCAAAAAUUUCUGGUCUCCCUGUUAACGAAAUAAAUGCAAAUGAGAUUUGUUUUCUUAAACUUAUUGAUUACAAUCUUUUCAUAGCCGAGAACAUAUUCAAACGUUGGAGUAGUCUUUUGUUAACACAUAUUCAAGCUAUUUCAGGUUCAGAAAUAAGUAAUCCUGACGCGUUCAGGAGAGUAGAGAAUCAACGAGAGGUUGCAAUAUUUCGCGAAACUUUGAAAUCCAUGGAUCCUAAGACAAUGGAUUAUAAACAUACAUGUUAUCCUGCUACACCUGCUGAUAGUGCUCCAAGUUCACCAAAGGAAUAUAGUUCAGAAAUUAUGCAAGUUUCAAAUUCUUAUUCAUUGACUCCUAUAACACAAACUCCACCAAUACCAUAUGGAAAUUUUGUUGAUAACGCUAAUAGGACUCUGGAUAAUUAUGUAAAUUGA